UACUCAACACUCAAACACUCACCACCGAGUCACCAACUCAUAUUCCUAUAUAAACACACCCGAGCACACUUUUCUCUCAUCCACUCAUUCACUUCAAUACAACACACACUGCUCUGUUCCUACUCUCUUUCUCUCUCUCUCUCUCUCUCUCUAGUUAAUAAAUUAAAGAUGGCUUUGGAGGCUCUGAACUCUCCUACAGCUGCAGGAAUCACUCCUUUCAUUGCAAAGUUCCAAGAUCAAGAAGAAGAAGAAGAAGAGCUUCAUCAGCUGCGUGAGCCGUGGGCCAAGAGGAAGCGAUCAAAACGACCGCGUUUCGAGAACCCUCCCACCGAAGAAGAGUACCUGGCUCUCUGCCUCAUCAUGUUAGCUCACAGCGGCAACAAGGUCACUGCCACUACUCUUAAGAACGAACAAACAGAGUCUUCAUCUUCACAGCAACCACAAGAAGGAUCAUCGUCGCCGGCUCCGGAGAUCAAGCUUACUCACAGGUGCACCGUCUGCAACAAGGCCUUCCCUUCUUACCAAGCACUCGGCGGACACAAGGCCAGCCACCGCAAAUCAUCCAAUUCUGAAAACAACACCGCCGCCGCCACCGCCACAGCAGCUGCAGUCAACAGCGAAAACGUGUCGCUGCCACUACGAAGGUGGCAACAACCACCACCACAACAACAACAACAACAAUAGCAGCGCAGUGGCAUCUUCCGAGGGCGGCGGCACCUCCUCUCAGAGCUUCCGUGGCUUUGACCUCAACCUGCCCGCUCCCCUGACCGAAUACUGGUCGCCGGCGGCUCUUGAUGACGUCAGCGAAGCGAAGACAAAGAACAAGAAGAAGAAGGUCGAAGAGCAAGAAGUGGAAAGCCCUCUGCCGGUAGCCGCCGCGAAGAGGGCGCGUUUGUUUGAAGACGCUGAUCAGAACUAAGCAGAAGGGAUUCGGAUUCUGCUUAAUUGAUUGAAUUUGAUUGUGAAUAUGAACGGACAGAUAUACAUAUACAUGGAUCGCACACAGAUUCAUUCAAAUUCUUCAACUCACUAGUUUCCGGCCAUGAUUAUUUUAUUUGGUUUCUCGUUUUCUUUUCUAUUUUUGGGAUCGGAUAUGGAUGAAGAAUUCGAAUUUUAGUUUCAGGGGAUAUGAUUUAAUUUGUUUCUACUGCACCAAUGCAUUGAUGUUUCUCUGUACAGACAAAAUUUCUUCAUUGCUUUUUGGACUGUACCUUCCUUCUCUCAUCAAUUCAAUCUAACCAUUUUUUACCAUUAAA